CACCCCGCCUCUCCUGCCCUUUCAUUCCAAGCACCACCUGCUCCUCCAACCCCCGCGCCCACGCACGCACGCACUAACUACCGGACCUCCCCCGGAGCUCGUAGGGGACAACAAUCCAAGCCACCGCUACGCACGCCAUGGGCGAGGACAAGAAGGAGAAGCCGGGCAAGGCAGACGGCGGCGACCAGAAGAAGGACGCCGCGCCGGCGGCCCAGCCCAUCGUGCUCAAGGUCGACUUGCAUUGCGCCGGCUGCGCCACCAAGGUCAAGCGGGCCAUCAAGCACGCCCCCGGCGUGGAGUCGGUUAAGACUGACACGGCGGGCAACAAGGUGGUCGUCACCGGCGCGGCCGACGCGGCGGACCUCAAGGAGCGCAUCGAGGCAAGGACCAAGAAGCCCGUUCAAAUCGUCUCCGCCGGAGCCGCCCCGCCCAAGAAGGAAAAGGAGAAAGACAAGGAGGACAAAAAGGCCGACGCCGGCGAUAAGCCGGAGAAACAGAAGAACAAGCCAGGAGCAGGAGACAAGGAGAAGGGCGGUGCCGGUGCUGAGCAAAAAGAGAAAAAGGUGGAAACUGCCGACAAGCCCAAGGAGGAGGAGAAGAAACCAAAGGAGCCCAAAGAGGAGACGGUGACGCUCAAGAUCAGGCUGCACUGCGACGGCUGCAUCGACCGCAUCAAGCGCCGCGUCAACAAGAUCAAGGGAGUGAAGGAAGUGAUGGUGGACGCCGCCAAGGACCUGGUGAAGGUGACAGGCACCAUGGACGCAGCCGCCCUGCCGGGCUACCUCAGGGACAAGCUCAGUCGGCCGGUGGAGGUCAUCGCCCCCGGCAAGAAGGACGGAGGCGACAAGAAAGACGACGGCGACAAGAAGAAGGACAAGGGCGCUGGAGACGGCGGCGACAAGAAGAAGGACGGCGGUGGCGACAAGGACAAGUCCGCGGCCGCCUCCGCGUCCGUGGCGCCGAUGCCCAUGGCGGACCCGAGCAUGUACCAGAUGCCCCCGCAGUACGGCUACAUGCCGUACCCCGCGGCGCCCGUCGGGUACUACGGCGCGGCGGCGGCGCCGCCGAACCCUGGCUUCUACCCGAACGCCGGACCCCAGUACCCGCAACCGUACGCUUCGUACCCCGCCCACGCACCCCAGAUGUUCAGCGACGAGAACCCCAACGCCUGCUCCGUCAUGUGAGCUGCCACGCCAAUGCGACGAGCACGACGCCAAGCCCAGGCUCGCCGCCGCAGUAUCAACUAUCAAACCACGGUCGGCUUGGGCUUAGCGCGGGCUACCAUUAGCGUAGCCAGCAGCUAGUAGUUACGUAGCUUUAGCGCACCGAGAAUUAGCAGACAUGUAAAUGGCGACAGUGAUCCCGUCCCGCGAUGUAAUGUUCCACGAUCCAUCCGAUAAAUUUUGGCCCUGCA